AUAAAGUGAAGAUAAGUGAUUUGCCUUUCAUGACGUCACAGCUUUUAUACAUACUACAAUAUAUUCUUUAGACUUUUUAUAUACUGUUGUUUAGCACGUUAAUUUAUUUGUUUAUAAUUGUGUUUGUGCUCGUCGUAAAUUGAUUUCUCAAUUCUUUCCUUUAGUGUAAUAUGAUUAAUGAUUCCAAUAAUGGCGAAGUUCUAGAGCAGCAGUUUGCUGGUCUAGACUUUUCUUCCACUCGAGCUAGUGGCCCUAAAAGUUCUGGUUCUGAAAGAUACGUUCCUCCUCAUCUUCGUAACCGCCCGAACAAUUUCCAAAACAGUGAGAACUCUGUUAAAAAAUAUAGUCCAGAUAACAGAUCAAACUAUUCCGAUAAUGAAAAGCAUGAAGUUAGACGGGAGACAGAAAAUAAUAAGUUGAAUGGAAGAGGAGAUUUUGAAAGAGAAAGAGAGAACAACAAAGGUCGAGAAUUUUCUAACUUUAAUAGAGGAGGAAGUGGAGGAGGUAGAAAAGUGAGUGGUGGCAGUAGUGGUGGUGGUGGUGGUGGAGACUUUUCAAGUGUUCCAUUUCGUAAAGGAGAUUGUGAGAGAGUUGGUAACUGGAGAGAUCCUAGCUUUGUUAAGGAAUCAUGGGAAGAGAAACCAGCCAGGGAAGAAAGAGGUGGCUAUCGUAACAAUUCAUUUGACCGAAGAAGUACUGGUGGCAAACGCUUCGAUAGGGACGAGGAGGAUUGGAGUAGACCUCUACCUCGUGAUGAGCGAGUAGAGAGGCAACUAUUUUCAUUGGGUCAUACAGGAAUUAAUUUUGAAAAAUAUGAAGACAUCCCAGUGGAAGCUAGUGGUGAAGACUGUCCACCACACAUUAACUCAUUUUCAGAGUUGCCUUUGACAGAAAUAAUUCGCAUGAAUAUAGACUUAACUCGGUAUACCUCUCCCACACCUGUUCAGAAGUAUGCAAUGCCAAUUAUACUCUCAAAGAGAGACCUAAUGGCUUGUGCGCAAACAGGUUCCGGCAAAACUGCUGCAUUUUUAAUACCGAUUUUGAAUCAAAUUUUUGAAAAUGGCCCAGCAAAAAAUAUUCCAAUGCCUCCAAGACAUAGUUCCCGAAUGAAGCAAUAUCCUCUUUCUCUUAUUCUUUCACCGACUCGAGAAUUGGCAAGCCAAAUCCAUGAUGAAGCAAUAAAGUUUUCAUAUAGAUCAAAGUGUCGUCCAUGUGUAGUCUAUGGUGGUGCUGACCCAGCACAACAGAUGAAGGAUUUGGAUCGUGGAUGCCAUUUGCUUGUAGCAACUCCGGGACGAUUAGUGGAUAUGAUCGAACGAGGGAAAAUAAGUUUGGAAAUGGUCAGGUACUUAGUUCUUGAUGAAGCUGACAGAAUGCUUGAUAUGGGUUUUGAACCUCAAAUUAGACGCAUUGUUCUUGAGGAUAAAAUGCCUGGAAUUGGAGAACGUCAGACAUUGAUGUUUUCUGCAACUUUUCCUAAAAAAGUCCAGGAGUUGGCGAGGAAAUUCUUGGAUAAUUAUAUCUUCUUGGCUGUAGGACGUGUAGGAAGUACAUCAGAAAAUAUAACGCAAAAGGUGGUGUGGGUUGAAGAGCAUGACAAAAGAUCAUUUCUUUUAGAUCUACUGAAUGCUGCUGGUUUAAAAAAUGGCAAUGCAGCUCGAGAUUCUCUAACUUUAACAUUUGUUGAAACAAAAAAAGGAGCUGAUGCAUUGGAACAUUUUCUUAUGAGUGAAGGCUACCCUGUGACAAGUAUCCAUGGGGAUCGAACCCAGAGAGAACGAGAAGAAGCUCUUUGGAAUUUCCGAACUGGGGCAACUACAGUUUUGGUUGCAACAGCGGUUGCUGCUCGAGGUCUGGAUAUUCCGAAUGUGAAGCAUGUAAUCAAUUUUGAUUUACCUAGUGAUGUUGAAGAGUAUGUACAUCGUAUAGGAAGAACAGGGCGUGUAGGAACUGUUGGAUUGGCUACUUCAUUUUUUAAUGAAAAGAAUCGCAAUAUGGCCAGCGACCUUGUGGAAUUAAUUACUGAAACUCGUCAAGAAUUACCUGAGUGGCUGUCAAUUUUGGCUAAGGAAGUGCAAGUUGAACAGCGAUGUAACACUGGUUCAAGAAAAUUUUCAAGUAGCAAAAAGUAUGGCUCUGGUGGAUUUGGCUCACGAGAUUAUCGUCAGUUUGGUAACAGCCGUGAGAGAACGAGUGGACCCAGAAACUCUAAUACUAACAGUUAUCCCUCCCAGAACUUUGGAUAUGGAGGAAAUCAAUACCCCAAUCAAUUUAGAAAUAACUAUGGUGGUGCUUCAUCAAAUGAUUGGUGGGGUAGUUAACUGUGUCGAAAGUAUAACUUUCAAAGUUAGUUGAGUAUGUUUCAAAAACAUAAUUCCUCUAAACAAGAACGCAUUUGUGAAUGAGCAUCAAUUCUUUGUAUUUGUUUGUCACAUAUCCAGGCAUUGUGUUAGUAAAUGGAAACAUAUUUUCAGAUUUAAAAACAUCUCAUAAUAGCAUGGUUUUGUCUCAUCUGUUCUACAUGCCUAAUAUUCUCUAGUAUAAAUGCUAUCCAGUUUAUAAAAUAUUAUUAAUAUUGUGACAACUUUUAAUCAUUUUAAAAAGCUAACUACUUUAUAGCAAACCUUUGUUAAAUUUUCGCAGUAUUUAGUGUUUAGAAUCAGUAGCAGUUUAUGAUUUUGAAUUUAUAUAUGAAAUAAUAUUGAUAAUACUUGUUGAAUGCUGCUUCAUAAUAAAAUGUUUAUUUGAAAAUUUUUUUGGUAGUACUUGAAAUUCCUCUUAAAUUUAUACAUCAUUUAUAAUUGAAAAAUUUAUACCUGUAUAAGGUAUAGAUAAAUACAUGUGGCUGAAACUAUAAAAUUAUAUUCUCAAUCAAUUAUUUGAUCAAAAAAAUUAUGUCAUUAUUAAGAAAUUAAUAAAAUUUAAGCUGUUAAUUUAUUGCUGGCUGCUUGAUAAAUCAAUUAUGACAGAUUAUUUUGACUCAAAUUAUAGUAUGUCAGUGAAGCAGUAUUUUUUAUUUAAAUGUAUUUGCUUGAUUUCAAUAUUUUUAGGUCUAUUUUUAUAAUUUUCAUUGUGUAAUCUUUAAUAAUGUUUUUUUAAUUGUUAUUUUGUGUAUUCUAUAUAAACAUACUUAAUACAUUAUCGUUAUUUUCACUUAGAUUUAUGUGAUAUAUUAUGUGCAACGAAUUUAACAAUAAAAAUUUCUUGUAGCAUUAGCAUACAAUGCAAAGGGAAAAACAAUAAUUUUUUUUUUUUUUUAAUUCUCUACAAUUUUAAGAGCUGCUACUUAAACUUGUAUAUUUUUUCAGUAAAGAAAAAUGAGUGACAAUUGAUAAUUGCUUCUUUUAACAAUGCUUUGAAAUUGUUCAGCAUUUUUUAUUAUAUAAAGUUAUACAUCUUGAGAUUUUAUAUUGGUUAGUGAAACACGUGUAAUGUAUUUGUGAGUUAAGUAUAAAGAAAAUUAUGUUUUUAAUAAGGGUUAUUCACUUCCAAAUGCUAUGUGGAUUAAAGUAAUUAUAUUCACUUUCAAAGUUAUCUGUUGCAAGGUUCAAUUUUAACAAAAUUAUUAAAAAUGCAAUCUUAAAAUUUGACGACUGGUUUCUCACUGCUUUACUGUGUUCUUGUUGCAGCUCUUAGUAUAGUUUAAUAUUUUUGGCUUUGUUUUUAAUAAUUUUGUUUUCCAAAAUCUUCUCUCAUUUACCCAGAUGCAUGUUUCAUUUUUUGGUUUAUUUACUUUCAUGAUUAGGACAAACCAUAUAAAGUGUUAAAUUGUUGCCUUUGUUUUCUCUAAUAUAAAUAUAUACUCAUUUAGUAGGUGUAAGUGAAUGUUUGGGAUUAUAAAAUACAAUGUUCAACUGUACUGAUUUUUUAGUUUUGCACUUGGUAUUAAUUCAAUGUUUUAUUCUGUUGUGUAACACAGAAAAAAUACAGCUUUUAAAAUAAAGUUUUUUGAAUUAAUACAUUCAGCAAAACUUAUUAGAGUGUGAAUUGUAUUCUGUGCUUAUACAGAAUAUGUUAUAUAAAAUUAGUUCAUAAUAUAUACUCUAUGAAGUUAUUUAUCUUGAAAUACUCAGUAUUUGUUUAUAUAUUUUUCUUUUUAAUAUGCAGUUAUGUGUAUAAAUACUACAUAUUUCUGUGGUACCAUCUUGUGCAUCACAUUUCAUAUUGAUAUGCAUGGUAAUAUUAUUUUUAUUUUAGAAAUGGAAGUAAGUAAGAGAAGAAGAAAAAAUUACUUUUUUCUUGGUAGCAAGUUUUAAAAUUUAGUGCAUUUAUUUGUACUUUUAAAGAAAAUCAAUAAAUUGGAUUAGUAAAAUCAAUUAGUUUAAAAAGAAAAAUUGCUGAAGGAUUUAUUUUUUUAAAAAAAAAGUUUUUUUUAUCUGUAGCGUUUUUACAGUAUUAUCUCUAUACAGACCUGUAUUGAAAUUCGUUUAAUUACCAAUUUCUGAUACUUCAAACACAUUUAGAGACUCGACUCAGUUAAAACUACUUAAAUUUUCAAACUUAUCUCUUAGUUACUAUGAUUUUGCUAGUAUAUUUUCUUCCAUACCUUAGUUACAUGAAAUUUUACUUCUAUGCCUGUAAGUUUCUAUUCAAAAUGUUUCUUAUACUUAUUCCAGAAACUUAACAUUAAUUUGUGUUAAAAAGAUUUUCUCUUAAAUUGCUUUUUUUAUAUAUAUUGUACUUAGUUAUUCUUAUAUCUUUCAUUUUUUUUUAAAUUGAUACGUUUCUUGUAUUAUUAUGGUAGUUACUUUAAAUUUUAGAAUUUGUGUUGCUCUUCAUUUCUAUGUAAAAGUAACUUUACCAUGUUUAUAUGCGUAUCGUUGCAGUUGAGUUUUCUUAGAGAAGAGGUUGCAGUUAAGGAUUAUAAAUUUAGCCAUUAUGAAAAUUCAGAUUGUUUGAAAUUGUGAUUACUUUAUUAACUUUAACUAAAGUUUGCCAUCUAGGCAUAUAAUUUUUUUAUAAAAAUUUUCUUUGCCAAAGUAUAUUCUUAAAAAAUCAAAAACAGCUAAAAUGCUCAGUAGAAUUUGCUGUUUGAAUUAAAGUUAAACUCUUUUUAACAUUAAAGUAUUUGUUCUGAUAAAUUUAUAAUAAUUCUACCAUUAAAAGUAUUUUAUGCUCUUUGUUAUGCUGAUUGUUGAGCCGAUACUUUUAAUUUAUACCAAUUAUCUUCAGUGAUUUUCUUAUUAUUGACAGUGAUACUUUGCAGUCUUAAUACUGGCUAUUAUAUGUUAAUCCAAUGACACAUUGAUGGACAAAGUUGCUUGCUAGUUCCAUUGUUUGAGAUUAUGUGAUGGCAUGACAACUGAGCUUUUGUUAAAGGUUUAAAAAACUAAAGGUCAUUCAAUGGCUACAGCUGUCAAUAUUCAAUUGCAUCUUUAAAUACUCAAUAUUUAUUAAAGGCAACUGCUUAGCCAUUAUUUUCUCAAACCUGUAAUGUUGCUGCAAUAAAUAAAUUUAAGCAAUCCUAAAUACUCAUUUAGAGAGGCUAAAUCAAGAACUCUGAUUACUCAAUGCCUCUUUGCCUUAAAUACUCAUUAUUUAAUACUCUAUUGCCUUAAAUACUCAUUAUUUAUACUCUAUGUCUACUUUGGUGUUAAUUGUCCAUCAACUUGUCAGAAUUAACCCAUUAACUUUCUAGUUUGAUUUAUGUUCCUAUCUCUAUCGAAUAUUGUAUGCAUAGAUGCCAAUGUUACUGAGUUUGUUGUUUUCUUUUACUCUACUAGUUAAGUUCUCCAGGAUUUUAUACGUAUAAAAAAUUCUUUAAAAUAAAAAGAAUUUUCUGAUCAAUCCAUAUUCUGAUUUUUAACCUAACCUAUUAUUUGUUUGAAACUAAAUUUACUCUAAUUUAUAAAAAGAGUCAAAUUGCUUUUUUAAAAUUCCAGAGGUAUUUUAUAUUUUCAUAGAAUUUUAUUACUUACAGGUUAUUCAUAAAUGGGUUACAACUUUUGGAAAUGAUUUUUUUAUAUUUACUUCAAAAAAAAUUCCACAAAUCUCUGGUAAAUGGAAUAAUCACUAUUAUAGUACAAAUUUUAUGUUUCGUAAAUUUUACUAAAUUGUUUGUUUUCUCGGCAGCUAUGCAUAUGAAAAGAAAUUAUUUUUUUUGCAAUAUGCUAUAGAUAAUCUAGUUUUUACUGUAGGAACAUAACUAAGAACCAAUCAGUUAAUGGGUUAAGUUGAUAAAACUUCUUUAAUGUGUUAAAACUCUUUUUAUUGGUCCUCUAACUUUUAAGUAUUGUUAAGUAUCUUACCUCAAAAUUUUUUUGUAUAUUUUUGUUGUUUGUAGAAGGCAUGUAUGUGAGCUUUAAUAUUGUUCAUCAGUGAGUGUUUAUUUAUUUACUGUGAUACCUUUGUCAGAAUUUGAUGCUUUUUAAAAGGAAAGUUUGUUUUUGUAGUUUUAUAGUUUCAAGAAAACUACAAAAAUGGAAUAUGUUUUUGUAGUUAAUAUAUAAUAUAAUAACAUUUUUAUAACUAUUUCAAAAAUAUUAUUGAUUUUGUAGUAACAGGAAAUUAUUUUUUAUGGGUCACUUCAUUAAGUUUAAAUUCUUUCAAAUGAAUCAACUGAUUUAGCAAUUAUUUUAUAACAAUUAAAUUAAUAAUUAUUUGUCAUUGAUUUAAUAAAAUUAUGUUAUGAGCUCGUAAUUGUUUUAAUCAUUCUGAAAGGAUGUGCUGUUUUAAUAGCUAUUAUUACUAUAAUAGCUAUUAUAGUUUGUAAUUAUCUAUUAAAUUUGAAUUUUAUCAGAGACUGAGUUGAUUGUAAAAUUAUUAAAAGAUUUUUUUUUUCUUGUGUGUGUGUACAUGCCACUACAUAAAUUAGUAAAUUUUGAUUACAAAUUUGGUUUUUUAUUUUUUUAUCAAAUUUAUUGGUUCAAAGUAAAAUCUUUAUUUUUAAGCUUAGUUCCAAUAAAUUUCAGAAGUGUGUUUGAUGUUAUUUAUAUAGCAACUGCUUCCUGGCCAAAACUAGAGAAAUUAUAUCAUAAAUGAAAUAUGUUAUAAAUUUCUGAGCAGUUGUACAAUCGAUAAAUGGCUUUAAAUCAAGAGAGGAUAUAUUUUAUAUAACAAUUCAUUACAAUGUAUAUAUAUAUAAAAUGAAAGUAAUAAUUUCUAGUUAGAAUUUUCUGUUUUUCUUUUGCGUAGGUAAGGAAUAUUUAAAAAUUUUGUGUCAAGUCCAAGUAACUCUUUAAAACCUAUAUUUUUAAUAUUUAACGAUUUUUAAUGUUUUCUUAAUGUAAGUUUACUUUGAUUUUUGUACACACCUUGUAUUAAUUUUCGAAACUUAUCAAAUCCCAAACCGCUUAUUACGAUUUGCUUUUCCUAGAAGUUCUUUCUCCUUUUCUGUUCAAUUAUUAGCUUUCAUUUGUAAUUAUUAAUUUAUCGAAAAGAAAUUUGUCAAUAAGUGCUGAUGUGUAAUAAAACCAUGUUAAACAAAUGUGAUGCUUGAUGUUUUUUUGUAGUUUGCUUAUUUAAUAAAAUUAUAAAUAUUUUUGUCUAUUUAUAAUUGCUUUAUUUUUGUGCCAAGUCACAAUUUUGAAACCAGUUAACUUUGUAUUGGAAUAAAAUAUUAGUAUAUUUUA